UUGUCAUGUCGUCAGUGCGAAACCCACUCAGAUUUUACGGCGCCAGUUCCAGCUGUGCAUUCUUUCUGGUCCCGUCCUGGUGAAGAUGUCCAUUUGCUGGUGGCCCCCGUCACCAAGGUUUUUUCGUUUUUUUUUCCGUUGUCCGCGUUGCUUGCCUGUCCCUUCGGCGUUGCUUCUGUUCCUUCCGGACAACUUUUUUUUCCCUGACCUUGUCUCCCGCUUGUGUCUUUUUCGGCGUGGUCGGGCUUUGUGGUCGGGCCUUUUUUUCUCUGGCGUUCUCUCCUGUGUCCCUUUGGUUGGACGCCUGGUUUUUUUUUUUUUUUUUUUUUUUUUUUUUUUCGUUCCUUUGGUCGUACCUGGGUGUUUCUCUUGGUUUUGUUCCUUCGCCUCGUCCUGGGCGGUUAUCGCCGUCCUCCCCCAGGUUGCGGACUUCUGGUAGUGGGCGAACUCUUCCUGGAAGGUCACGAAACAGUGUUUGGCGAAAUUCUUCAUCCUCAAUUUUGCCGCAGUCAGCCUGGCCUCGCUCUGUCAACCGUGCUUGUUGUCGAUGUUGAGAGCAGUCACUGGUCUUUUUCUUCUCUUUUUCUGCAACUCAUUCCUUUCGA